UCAGGGCAUGGAGGUGGUGGGUCUGCUGCUGUGUGUGGCGGCGGCGGUCCUGACAUGGGGCUUCCUCUGGGUUUGGGACUCCUGGGAGCGAAUGAAGAGUCCGGAGGAAGCUGGCCUGCCGGGAGGCGGAAGCCGGACUCUGUUGGUGACCGCGCACCCCGACGAUGAAGCCAUGUUCUUUGCUCCCACCGUUCUAGGCUUGGUCCGCAUGCGGCACCAGGUGUCCCUGCUCUGCUUCUCCGCAGGAAAUUACUACAAUCAAGGGGAGACUCGUAAGAAGGAACUUUUGCAGAGCUGUGAUGUUUUGGGGAUUCCACCCUCCAAUGUAAUGAUUAUUGACAACAGGGAUUUCCCAGAUGACCCCGGCGUGUGGUGGGACACCGAACGGGUGGCCGACAUCCUCCUCCGGCACGUAGAGGCCAGCCGCAUCAACCUGGUGGUGACCUUUGACGCGGGGGGUGUGAGCGGCCACAGCAACCACGUGGCUCUGUAUGCGGCUGCCAGGACCCUGCACGCACAAGGGAAGUUACCUAAAGGGUGCUCAGUGCUCACGCUUCAGUCUGUGAACCUGCUGCGCAAGUACCUGUCGCUGCUGGACCUGCCCUGCUCCCUGCUGUGUGCCCGCGAUGCCCUCUUCGUGCUCAGUCGCCGAGAGGCGGCCCAGGCCCAGAGAGCCAUGUCCUGCCACCGCAGCCAGCUGCUCUGGUUCCGCCACCUCUACGUGCUCUUCUCCCGGUACAUGAGAAUCAACUCUCUGCACUUCCUCUGAGCCGGGAAGGGCUCUCAGACCCAAGGAACAGAGAGAAAAAUGGCCAGGGAGCCCAGGGUGUGUCUGGAGCGGCUCAUCUCCCCGAGACAAGGAGAUCCCAGCAUAAGACUGAGUCCCGGCCCCUCUCCUCCAAGCUGCCCGGCCUCUAAGGAAAGGGAGGCCCUGCAGGCCACUGGGCUGUCCAGAAUUGAGCUUCUUCCUCUGGGGAGCAAAUCCACAACCACCGGAACACACACAACCCGAGGACAACAGCCACCCUGCCGGCUUCUCAAGCUCUUGUGCAAGACAGUUUACAUAAUGCACAAUGUAUGUCAACCCCCUAACACAGACACGCAAUUGUCGUAAAUGAAUGUAAAGUGCUCUGAAAUCCCUUCUUAAAUGCAAUGUAUUUUUAUGUUGUUUCCAAAGCAGCCUCAUCAGACAUAAACACACACAAAAGAAUGGUCUAGGGCUUCCUUGGUGGUGCAGUGGUUAGGAAUCCGCCUGCCAAUGCAGGGGACGCAGGUUUGAGCCCUGGUCCGGGAAGAUCCCACAUGCCGCGGAGCAACUAAGUCCGUGCGCCACACCUACUGAGCCUGCGCUCUGGAGCCCAUGCGUCUAGAGCCCAUGCUCCGCAACAAGAGAAGCCACCGCAAUGAGAAGCCCGCGCACCGCAGCAAAAAGUAGCCCCCGCUCGCCUCAACUAGAGAAAAGCCCAGUGCAGCAACAAAGACCCAGUGCAGACAAAUUAAUUAAUUAAAUUAAUUAAUUAAUUUUAAAAAAGAAGAAUGGUCUAUACUGAAUUAGUUCAACCAUAAUUCCUUGGAUUUAUCUUUGUGGCCUACAUAUCAGAUUUGAAUCUAGGGAAGACAUGUCCGUUUAACGGCAUACAAUCAAAUAUCUCACUAUCAGUCUUUUGGGAGAAGCAGGAAAUAGGAAGAGAGAUCUGGAGCUUAACACUCAGGAACCUAUGUCCUAAAAUGGUGCUACAAAUAAAAGGGCAGCAAGGGGUCUGGCUUGGAAGCUAUUCCGAGUCCAGCUGGUGGUCCAGGAAGUGGCCCAAAGAGGGGAAGCUCCAAUUCAGAAAGAGAGAAGACAAACGUGCCGUUACUGGGAACAGAAUGGAUAGGACAGCCACAAAAAUGGAAGAGACUGAGAAAACUUAUAGGAGAUGAUAUGCACAGUCCAGGACAACAAAACUGAAAAUCGAAAGGAAAUGGAUGACUUCCGAGUACAUGUUGGACCACCGCCAGACCCUACCGUAAUGUCACAGAUAGGGUCCAAACACUUCAAUCCCAUAAAAUGCAGGGUUGCAUCACUGCAAGAUGAGUGACAACCAGUUUUUUUAAUCUUCCCAGGACUCAGCAUCAAGCUAGUGCACCCAAGACCUGAAGGAGGUCAGCGUUCCUGGGCAGGUGGCUGUCCUGCUUUCUUGGCCGCGUCUAGGAGGGAGGGAGGGACACCUGUGCAGCAAGAUGCUCGGGACCAAAGGCAUGGCAGCAGUGGGGAGAGGCAGAGGAGCCAGGCUCUGCAAGGGGCUGGACCAAUGGACUGAGGCUGGCGUGGUGGCUGUCUCCGUCCACUGGAGAGCUGCACACUGCUGCUUUUGUUGAGCCCUUGCAAAGUAAAAAACGCUCUCUUUAAACUGAGAGAGUCCCAUCUGGGGGUCGCCUCCAAACCCCCUUCCACACCCACACCCCCAGUACAGCUUUGGCCACCCACAUUUGAGAAUAGGAACUAGGGAACAAGAACUGGAUUAUAUCCAAUGGUGGGCACCUUAUUAAUGGGACUUUACAUGACUACAAUUGACUUAAAAAGUGAAAGGGAACAGACCCAAUAACCACAGAAGAAAUUAGAAAGGUAAUUAUAACAGAUUUUGUAAAGAUUCCUAGUCUAGAUGGUUUUGCAGCUAUCUAAAAAUAAUUCCAAUAUUAUUUAGAGCAUAAAAUAGAAAAGUACUCCAAUUCACAGACAAGAUAACAAAACAUGAAAUAGCACCAAAAAAACCCCUGACAAUUUUAUUUGUGAAUAUAGAUGCAACAGUGUAAAAGAAAAUAUUAGCAAACUGAAUCCAGCAGUGCAUCAAAAGAAUUACGACUCCAUGACCAAGCAGGGUAUUAUUCCAGAGUGUAAGAAUGGUUCCACUUUGGGGAAUCCAUCAACAUAAUUCAUUACAUCAACAAAUUAAGAAGAAAAACCAUAUUCUACGCACAGGCGCUGAAAGAUAACAAAAUUCAGUCACUAUGCCUAAUAACAACCUUCAAGAAAAAUAGGAAAAAAGAAUACAGCGUAAAUAUAAUACAGACUAUUUACCGAAAUCUAGCGCCUAAAACCAAGUGGACAAGGUAGAAAGGUAAGCUGCCAUUGUCGUGAUUAUCAAGGUUGCUCUGAAGGGUGAAGCUGACGAAGUAGGACAGAACAAGAAAAUAACUGAUAUAAGUAUUAGAAGAGACAGCUGUGUUUAGAAACCCAAGAGAUGUCCAUAAAAUCUACUAAAAUAAAUGAGGGAAUCUGGUAAGGCAGCUGGAUAAUAGGUAUCUUUACAAAAAUCAAUAGACUGUCUUUAAUUGGCAAUAAUGUGACAGAAAUGAAAACGGGGGAAAAAAAUCCCAUUCUCAUCAACUUCAAGAACUAUAAAAUACCUAGGAAUAAGCUCAACAUAAAAGAUAUAAGAUCUGUCUAAAUUUUUUUUUUUUGCGGUACGCGGGCCUCUCACUGUUGCGGCCUCUCCCGUUGCAGAGCACAGGCUCUGGACGCGCAGGCUCAGCGGCCAUGGCUCACGGGCCCAGCCGCUCCACGGCAUGUGGGAUCCUCCCAGGCUGAGGCACGAACCCGGGUCCCCUGCAUCGGCAGGCGGACUCUCAACCACUGCGCCACCAGGGAAGCCCCGAUCUGUAUAAUUUUAUAAUCACUAUUAAAAUUCCAGCUAUCUUUUUUGCAGAAACUGACAAAUUGAUCCUAAAACAAUAUGGAAUUGCAAGCGCCUCAGAAGCCAAACCAUCUUAAAAAAAGAACCAAGUUGUAAGACUCACAUGCCCCAAUUUUAAAAGCUACUACAAAGACCUAAAUUUAAGAGCUAAAACUAGAACUCUUAGAAGAAAACACAAAUGUUAAUCUUUGUGACCUUGGAUUAGGCAACAGUUUCUUAAAUAUGAUACCAACAGCACAAGCAACAAAAGAAAAAAUAGAAACCUUUGUACAUCAAAAGACACUAUCAAGAAAGUGAAAUGGAGGCUUCCCUGGUGGCACAGUGGUUAAGAGUCCGUCUGCCAAUGCAGGGAACACGGGUUCGAGCCCUGGUCCGGGAAGAUCCCACGUGCCACGGAGCAACUAAGCCUGUGUGCCACAACUACUGAGCCGGGGCUCUAGAGAGCCUGCGAGCCACAACUACUGAGCCUGCGCGCCUAGAGCCUGAGCUCUGCAACAAGAGAAGACACCGCAAUGAGAAGCCUGCUCACAGCAAUGAAGAGUAGCCCCCGCUCACUGCAACUAGAGAAAGCCCACGCACAGCAAUGAAGACCCAACGCAGCCAAAAAUAAAUAAAUAAAAUAAAUAAAUUAAUUUUUUUUAAAAAGUGAAAUGGGAAAAAGUAUUGGCAAAUCAAAUAUCUGAUAAGGACCUAGUAUCCAGAAUAUAUAAACAACUCAACAACAAAAAGACAACCUAAUUAAAAGAUGGGCAAAAGACCUAAAUAUACAUUUAUCCAAGAUUUUCAAACGGCCAAUGAGCACAAGAACAUCAUUAGUCAUUAGGAAAUGUCUAUCAAAACCACAAUGAGGGGACUUCCCUGUUGGUCCAGUGGUACAGAAUCUGCUUUCCAAUGCAGGGGACACGGGUUUGAUCCCUGGUUGGGGAACUAAGAUCCCACAUGUGGCGGGGCAACUAAGCCUGCGUGCCACAACUAGAGAAGAGAAAAGCCGCACGCCACAAAUAGAGAGAAGCCCGCGCGCCACAACAAGAGAUCCCGCGAGCCACAACUAAGACCCGGCACAGCCAAAAAACAAAAACAAAACAAAACAAAAAAAUGCAAUGAGAUACUAUUUCACACCCAGUAGAAAGGCAGUGAUUAAAACAAACUAACACAGACAAUAACAAGUGUUGGUGAGCAUAUGGAGAAAUGGAACCCUCGAACGUGACUGGUGGGAAUGUAAAACGGUGCAGCUGCUGUGGAGAACAGUUUCGCUCUUCCUCAGUCACUUAAAGAUUUACCAUCAGACCCAGCAAUUCCACUCCUAGGUAUACACCCAAGAAAACUGAAAACGUGUCCGUACAAAAACUUGUGCACGAGUGUUCGUAGCAGCAUUAUCCAAAACAGCCAAGAAGUGGAAACAACCCAAAUGUCCAUCAACUGAUGAAAAGAUAAAUAUGGCAUUUUGUGUAUUAUUCAGCCAUAAAAAGAAAUGAAGUGUUUGACACAUGCUAUAGCGAGGAUGAACUCUGAAAAACAUUAUGCUCAGUAAAAUAAGCUAGGCACAAAAGGCCAUCUACGGUACAAAUCCACUUAUAUAAAAUGUCCAGGACGGGCAAAUCCACAGAGACAGAAAGUGGACUGGUGUUUUCCAGGGGGUGGGGAAAAGGAGUGAUUGCUGAGGAGUGCGGGGAUCCUUUUGGGGACGUGCAGUGUUCUGUAUUUGGCAGUGGUGAAGGCUGGACAGACUUGGGAAUAGAUAAAAAUCGCUGAAUUCUACGCAUUAAAAGGUACAUUUUAUGGUGCAUGAAUUCUAUCUCAAUUCAAGAAAUAAUACUGCAUUAAAAUGUUCUAGCUUACUCUAAGGAUACGCACAUGAUAAAGCUGGCAUCGCUCUCUGAGCCUGACGAUACUCACCUAACCUGCUAGCCUAGUAAAUCCUGCAGAGUACAAAUCUUAUUUGUACGUUAACCCAGUUUUAGUGCUUACUGCUUUUCUUUUAAAUAUAGUUUUUAAAAGUUAAAAAAAAAUUUAAUGCAGGACAUAAAACAAGACCUGAAUAAAUGGAGAACUGUACCACGUUCCCUGAUAGAGAGAUUUAAUAUAAAAUCCUUACAAAGUUAAUAAAUAAACUGAAAAGCACCAAAUAUAUAUGGUAUGUACAAGUUCCAAUUUCUAAACUUAUAUAUUUACAUGUUAUAUUCAUCAAUUCCCAUUCUUACAAAGUUAACAUAUAAAUUUAAUGUAGUUGCAGUCAGAAACUCAAUAGAUUAUCUCUGGACUUGGAUAAAAUUAUUUUUGAAAAUAUAUUAGAAGAGAUGUCCAAGAACAGCCAAACUAUACAUAUUAAAAACAAUGCAGAUAUGGGACCUGCCUUUCUAUACAUUAAAACUUAUAAACCCAUGGCAACCAAAACAGUAUGAUACAAGCAAAGGAGUACACAGAUGUUGGACAGAAGAGAAAAUCCAGAAACAGAUCCAUAUUAUAUGAGAGCUACUGUACAGUAGAGGGGGCAUUUUAACUCAGUGGAGAAACAUUGAAUAAAUUGUUUCAGGUGGCUGAUCAGGCAUUUGUAAGAAAACAAAGACUCCAUACUUUAUACCAAGUACAGAAACACACUGUACAUGCAUUACAGAUUUAUACAUAAAAAUCAAAACAAUUAAAAUAUUGUUUAAGAAACUUGGGAGACUCUAAAUGCAUAUAUACCUUGGAAUGGGGCAGCCCUUACAAAGCCAGGCUGGAAACUCACAAAAGGAGUAAAGGAAAAAAACAGAUAUCUCACAGGUUUCUGAAAUUAACAGGUAUCACAGAUGUGUUAAUAGCCCAAAUAUAUAAAGAUUGAUAAGAAAACAUCCCAAAAGGAAAAUGGAUUAAGGAUGGAAAAUUCAUGAAAGAGGAAAUCUAAAUGGCCAUUAAACAGGAAAAACUAUUCAACCUCGGUAGUGGCUACAAAUUAAGGCAAAGAUGAAAAUCUAUUUUUCACUGAAGGUGGUGAUUGGAUUAAAGUAGUUUUCCAGGGCAGAGGACAUGAAUAGGUCUGCCCCCUCUCUCCCUCUCGUUCUCUCUCUCCCUCUCUCACAAACACACACACACGAAAUAAAUGUGAAAAAAAUCCCACUACUAACUAAAGGAACACAGAUUAUAUGAAAAUGCCAUUUUCACUUAUCUAAUUUGCAAAGAUGUCUAUCAAUAGUAACGCCCAGUGUUCUGUAGGUGAGGGAAUGGACACAUAUAUGCUGCUGGGGCAAACAGAAGAUGGUGGAAUCUCCUGGAAAUCAGUAGGUCAGAAAUCUUUAAAAUGUACAUAUCCCUGGACUCCACGUGCACUUAUCCUUGGGAAGUAGAAACUCGUACAAAGAUGCACAGACAGUUGUUUGAUGUGCAGCACUGAUCAGAGGGAGAACAGAAUCAAGUGGCUACAGCAAUGAUCUCCCCCGACUUUUGAGUUUUCAAUAAUGUAUACAUUCUAAGUGCACAUUAUAAAACAUACGGAAAAAAAAAAUUUUAAAGGAUAAAUAGGAGUUCUAACGUUUUCUUCCCACCCAUAAUGGACCCUCUUGAGCACUUCCUCGAGGGAGCACACCGUACGCUGGAGACCACCCGACCAGCCUAUCGUGUAAAGUCAGUGAAUCCUGAGAAAAGUGAGCCAGUCAAACUGUGUGGAGGGACGGACAGAACAGGACAUUUAUGCUCUUGGGCCCACAAGAGGUCGGGCAGCAGAAACAUGGUUCUGGUUUGAUCAGAGUGUUAAGGUCUUGGUCAAGUUUGAAUCCUACAGGCACCCCUGCCAGGGGCUCCCAUCCCUCGUGGACAGUAUUACCAGGAAAAUCUACAUGAAGUGUAGUCAACUUCAGUAAUUAAAAGCUGGACAACACGGGGUCUGACCCAGUGCCCCUGGGGGAAGGUCUUGAGGAGUUUGAGAGCGGUGAGGUCUUCAAGGGAAAGGAUCCCAGUGAUCUACAGGGUUCAUCAGAGUCUAUGAGCGCAGAAUUGCUGAGGGUCGUUCCUCCCACCGACCUAGGUCUACUCCAUAUGAAUGAUCACGGUGGCAGCCUUGCUGCCUGAAAGGAAGCCACCAGGAACAGCAGAAACGUGCUCUCCCGGAAGCCAUCUGCCAGCCUGGGCCCCGAGCAACGGCUGUGUCCCAGCGCCAGGGCUGCUCUCCCCGCCCGAGGGGAGCAACAGAGGGCGAGCUAGGGGUCCACAGACCGUCCCCGAGCACCUCCUCAGUCACAAAAGCAGCACUGGUCCGUGACCCGGGCCUUAAAGGGGUGAGGGUUGAUUUCAGGAAAGAAAGAAUCCUGGGGGAAUCCCAGAGCUUGGAUUUCCACCCACCACACCUAGUUGAACUUGUCUUUUGGAAGUUCCUGCCAUGUUUAGGACUGUUGCCUUCCUUUAUGAAUUCAGAAGAUGUACAACAAAGCUGUAACACAGAUGCCUUCAGAUUCCUCCACGGGGCAUGUGUGGGACUGUCACGUGAGAGGCAGCUUCCUGGACGCGACCAAAAGGAAGCGACAGGUGCCAGGCUGCUACCGACAGCAUCUAAUGUUCCAAGGCACAGUCUUAGCCAGAGCUCCUUCUAGCCAGCAUCACACUCUUGCCUUCUCUGAGUCCCAAGCAUGUGGGAAAAUACCAACAUCUAAGAUGACAGACAGCUCAGGAGGCUGAAGCCGGGAGUCUCCUGCCGGGGGCCCGCCCGGUGACCUCACUGCCGAGGGGUGCUUCCAGGAGGCUGGCUUAGAAAGUCACCAGAAGCUCAACAAGUAGCCAGGUAAAAUGUAACAUACCAAAGACAACAGCAUUCCUCCCCACCAGCAAUAACCAACUGCAAAGUGGAGAAGAGAUCCCGUUCACAAGGACGGCCAAAAACCGUAAGACAUCCAGGAAUAAACCUAACACAGGAUGUGCCAUCUACACGGCUGCCACAUGGAGAAGAGCAGGAAGCUUGACAGAGGAGCCGAGAGGAACAAAACCAACUGGUGAGAUGUUGCACUUCCCCAGAGGAUAAAACUGAGUAUUGUAAAGAAGCCUGUCCCCUCCCCCCCCACAAUUAAUUUAUAAACUCAGCACGCUCUCAAUCAAUAUCCGAACAGGAUUUUAUAUGGUACUCGAUACACUAAUUCUAAAAUUUAUCUGGAAGACAAAAUAAUCAAAAAAGAAUAAUCAGGAAGAUUUAUUCUAUCAGGUUUUUUAAAGCACAUCAUUAAACUUUAGGGAUUUAAAAUGCUUUGGUAACUGUGGGACUAUAGAUAAAUUUUUUUUAAAAAAGUAGUGUCCAGAAACAACCUCAUCUAGAACAUACAUUUUAAAUCAGUAAGGAAUGGAUGGAUGAGUCAGUGGAAGGGCCAAUGCAGUCAGUGGUUAUCCAUUUUGAGGGUGGGGAGCUGAACCCCAACCUCAUACUACAGACAAAAAUUAAAAAUGAAAACGACUCAGAAAAAAAAAAAUCCAGAUUAAAGAGCUAUAUGUUAAAACAAAACCAAAAAGGCACCAAAAAACUAUGAGAGCAGUAGAAGAAAAUCUAGUUUAUAAGCUCGAUAGGAAGGUAUUCCCAAACAAGAUAUAAAUCACAAAAGCCAGGAAGCAGAAAAGUCAGAAUGCCAUAAAGGAAAAAAAAAAAGAAAAGAAAAGACUGAUAGAUUUGAGCGCUUCAAAAUCUAAAACCCGAAUAAACAGAGUUAGAACAGUGACAAACUGUAAAAGAAUAUUUGCAAAAUUCAUCACAGGAUUUAUAUCCUGAACAUACAAAGCACCAAAAAUUAAUUUUAAAAAUAGUAUCUGAAACACAUUAUUUACUAAUAUUUUUUAACAUGUGGAUGGAAAAAAAAAUAGCCCCCCCCCCCCAAAAAUGGGCAAAGGAUGUGAUCAAGGAACUUACAGGACAGGAAAUAAAAAUGGGUCCAAAAACAUAAAAGAUGCUCAAACUCAUGGAAACAUAAAGAAAUGAAACUGUUUCACCCAACAGAUUGGUCACAAGUAAAAAGACUGAUAACAUCAGGUGUUGGUGAGGGCACUGCUAUUCACAGGGUUGAUGGACCCUUUAGGGGCUGGUAUAUACUUUCUGAGGGAAACUGAGCAUUUUUAAUGUUUAAAAUAUGCAUAUCUUCAACCUAGCAAUUCAUCUUCUAUAGCCUCAAUAAUACACAUGUACAAAGAGGCCUGUAAAAGGAUGCUCACUGCCAACACUGAUUGUAAAGCAGAAACUGGAAUCCCUAAUUUCCAUUAAAAAAAAAAAAAGUUAAGUAGACUAGACCCGUACUCUGCAAAUCUAUGUAAUAGCCAAUGAUGAGGAUUUGUAUGUUGACAUGAGAUCAAGAUGUUACCAAACAAAAAUGCAAGUUGCAGAACAAAACAUACAGAAUGCCAUUUAUGUUUUUAAAGAGACACAAAGGACUUCCCUGGUGGCGCAGUGGUUAAGAAUCCACCUGCCCAAGAACAUACAGUGGAGAAAAGACACCCUCUUCAAUAAGUGGUGCUGGGAAAAACCAGACAGCUACAUGUAAAAGAAUGAAAUUAGAACACUCCCUAACACCACACACAAAAAUACACCCAAAAUGGAUUAAAGACCUAAAUGUAAGGCCAGACACUAUCAAACUCUUAGAGGAAAACAUAGGCAGAACACUCUAUGACAUAAAUCACAGCAAGAUCCUUUUUGACCCACCUCCUAGAGAAAUGGAAAUAAAAACAAAAAUAAACAAAUGGGACCUAAUGAAACGUCAAAGCUUUUGCACAGCAAAGCUGUGCAAAACAAGGUGAAAAGACAACCCUCAGAAUGGGAGAAAAUAUUUGCAAAAGAAGCAACUGACAAAGGAUUAAUCUUCAA